AUGGCUAAUACGCUCGUCGAGAAAAAACCCCCGGGAAUUCUCGGCACGCCGCUCAAUGGCGUCUCAACGAAUGCUUUCCCAAUCACCGUCAAGAAGAAUAUCCCGAUCUUUAAAUACGAUCUCCGGAUCAAUGCCUUCUAUCCAAACGCCAAACAACCGAGGGAAAUCACGAAACAGAUCAAGGAUGAUUUCUCUGAAGUCAACCGGAAAGUCUACCAAAAGGCGAUUCUCAACAUCGUUCGCGCAAAUCAAAUGGAUCCAUUUUUUGAGAAACCCUUCAUCACUGAUGCUGCGGCUUCGUUGUACGCACUAGAUAUCAUCAAAAUCGAUGAUCCGGAAAUCGGCAUUGUCAUCGAAGUGCCUGGAGAACUGCUGACCGGCAUCAAUGGCCUCGGGAACCCGACUCACGUCACCGUCACCAUCAAACCAGUUCAAGACUCGUUUCAAGCUAACACCAAUCAGUUGGACGGGUACUUUAAAGAGUAUGCAAACAUCGCCGUCUCGCAUAAAGCUUACGAGAACAGUGACAAUUUUGUCAUCGGCAAGAAUGAGAUCUACAUCAUUGAGCCCGAGGCGGUCGGCUUCUCGCAACGAGAUGCGCCGGUUCUCGCUGGAGGAGUACAGGCUGUACCAACGAUCAAGAAGAGCAUCAAGUUCGUCGAGGAUCCGAGCCAGAAGAGGGCCAACGCGCCAACGCCACAGAGAGCGCUAUUGAUCUUGGAUGUGUCCAAACACGGGAUCCAUUAUCCAUCAACGCUAGCUGAGAAGAUAAAAAAGUUUUCAAUGAUUCGGAGUGUGCAAAACGCAUUGAAACACCUUGAAGUACUUCCAAUUCACCGAGAAAACGCUCGAACCGUCAUCAUUCGUGGAUUCGCUGGCCCACCAACUCAAGAAGUCAUCCCGCGAACGAAAGAAACGAUCGCCGCCUACUACAAGAAGCAAUAUGGAUACACAUUGAAACAACCGUCAUGGCCGAUGAUCCGAGAUUGGAGAGGAAAUUUGUUCCCAAUAGAGAUCCUUGAAGUGCUGCCAUAUCAAGGAUUACGGAAGACUCAGGAGUUCAAAGAGCAAACGGAAAGGAUCACAAAGGAAUCGGCCGUACUCCCCGGCAUUCGCAAACGCCAAACGUUGACCGCAGUGGCGGCUCUCUCCUUGGAUGAUCCAUCGUUCAUUGAUCGAACCGGCUUGCAAGUGCAAUGUGACAAAUUGUUCAAGUUGUCAUCGGCUCGUCUCCUUCCGGCGCCUCGUGUCGUUUAUGGAGACAAGAUGAGUGAGGAUCCGAUAAAUGGAAAAUGGAAGAUGCAACGAGGAGGCGGCCCAAGAGGAGCUCAACUCUACAAAUUUUUCUCACCAGCUACCAUUCAAUCAUGGGAAAUCAUCGCUCUCGUUGAGCGUGGAUACCAAAAAGUGUGCGACUUCGCUGGAGAGUUUGUUCAGCGCGCUAGUGGCCGAAGUAUGGCUAUUCAAAAGCCAAAAACAAUCUAUCAAGCGUACCCAGUUCAACUAGACAAUUUGAUCAGGAAAGCCUCAGAGAGUGGAGUCAACUUUGUGAUGGUUGUGACGGAUAGAGGAGCCGAUGUGCAUGAUAUGAUCAAGUACUUGGAGCUGAAAUACAAGAUCAUCACUCAGGAAAUCACGUGGCGUAUUUGUGCAAAAGCUGCUGAUGGAGCCGCCAGGAAACAAUACGCUGUCAUGGACAAUAUUCUAAUGAAAAGUAAUGUCAAGAAUCAGGGAUUCAACCAUGUGAUCCAACUCCCGCAAAACCUGAAUACGCUCCAGCAAAAGAUUUUCGAUAUGGAUCGAGUGAUUGUUGGCAUCGAGAUGAGCCAUUCGUCGACUGGAGCCAAUGAAAGAGACGCCUCUGUGCUUGGAUGGUCCGGAAAUGUGACUCGAAAUCCGUAUUUCUUCCCGGGAAACUUCAUCUUUGUCCCUUCACGAGAGACUGAGCCAAAUCUUGAAGAUUUCUUCACGCAAGUUUUUGGAAGAAUCAUGAAAUAUCGCCCGAGUUUGCCGAAAUUCUUUGAUUUAUAUAUGGGCGGAGUGACCGAGGGGAAUAUGGCAAGGGUUGCCAAAUCGACGAUGGAGAGCCUCCAAGCGGUGUGUGAUCAGCUCCCGAAAUAUCCACUCCCAAAAACGACACUCAUCUUUGUCUCACAGGAUCACAUUGAGAGAUUCUUCCCCGAGGUCAUUCGAACUGGAGUCGAUACUGACAAGAUGAACGUUCCGCCGGGUUUCGUUGUUGAUAAGGAGAUUGUCUCGAGCGAAAAAUCUGAAUUCUUUUUGAUGUCCAGUGCCCCGAUGCAGGGCACUGCAAAGGCUCCAAAGUACACGCUGGCAAUCGAGAUGAGUCAACAACGAUCGAUGGACGAGAUCCAACUCCAAACUUGGGCACUCACCUUUUUGCAUCAGUACAACACCGGCACCAUCUCGAUUCCCACUCCUCUCUACUCGGCGAAAGAUUUUGCGAAACGAGGCGCCAUGCUUUUACCGCUCAUCCGCAAAUUCGAAUUCCCGGAACAUGUGUUCGACCUGGCCGAAUUGAACUCGUUCACCUAUCAGAAAACUUUGUUCGACAAUGUGAGAAUUGCU